UAUAUAUAUAUAUAUAUUGUUGUAAAGAAAAAAUAAUUUAAUGAAUAAAUUUGUUAUGUACAUUAUUUUAAACUAUGCAUUAAUCUAUAUACUGUAAAUAAUAUCGAUUUUUAUGAAAAUAGUCGAACUAUAAGUUUGAAAAUAAUUACAUUAGGUUGUACCUUACACACACGUGGAAUUAUUUUCUACAUAGAUGCGUCAUUGGAUGAGAAAAUUAAAUUUAAAUAAUUUACAAAUAAUGACAGAAGAAAAAACAUCGCCUUUGAACUUCGAAAUUUUAGCGGAAUGUGAAAUUAGCAAAGCAAGAACUGGGAAAAUAACUUUAAGACAUCACCAUGUAGAUACUCCAGUUUUUAUGCCAGUAGGAACACAGGGUACUCUGAAAGGUUUAUUGCCUCAACAAUUAGAAGAAUUGAAUUGUCAAAUAAUUCUUGGCAAUACUUAUCACCUUGGGAAUAGACCUGGUACUGAAAUAUUGCAAAAAGCAGGAGGUUUACAUAAAUUUAUGAAUUGGAAAAGAGCAUUACUAACUGAUUCUGGUGGGUUUCAAAUGGUGUCAUUAUUACAACUUGCCAAAAUUACAGAAGAAGGAGUGAACUUUAAAUCUCCAUAUAAUGAUACUGAUUGUAUGUUAACUCCUGAACGCUCAAUUCAAAUUCAGAAUAUAAUUGGUGCUGAUAUAAUAAUGCAAUUAGAUGAUGUAGUUAAAAGUACACAAACAGGACCAAGAGUGACAGAAGCUAUGGGAAGAACAGUAAGAUGGUUAGAUAGAUGUUUAUUAGCACAUGAAAGAUCUGAUGAACAAAGUAUAUUCCCUAUUGUACAAGGUGGAUUAGAUCCUAAAUUAAGAUCAGAAUGUGCCCAUGAAUUAACUAAAAGAAAAGUAAAUGGUUAUGCAAUUGGAGGAUUAAGUGGUGGUGAAAGUAAAGAUACAUUUUGGAAAAUGGUACAUCUUUCUACUGAUAUUCUUCCAAAAAAUAAACCUCGUUAUUUAAUGGGUGUUGGUUUUGCUAUAGAUCUAGUUGUAUGUUGUGCAUUAGGUGUUGACAUGUAUGAUUGUGUAUUUCCAACAAGAACAGCUAGAUUUGGUUGUGCUUUAGUACGUACAGGUCAACUUAAUUUAAAACAAAAUCAAUAUAGUAAAGAUAUGAGACCAAUUGAUGAAUCUUGUCCAUGUAGCACUUGUAAAACAUAUACACGUGCAUAUCUUCAUCAAAUAGUUACAAUAGAAACAGUUGCAUGUCACUUACUAACAGUUCAUAAUAUAGCAUUUCAAAUGAAAUUAAUGAAAGAUAUUAGAGAAAGUAUAAAGCAACAAAAAUAUCCUGAAUUUGUACAAAAUUACAUGUUAAAUGUAUAUCCAGAUAAAAAGUACCCAGAAUGGAUAGUUAAUGCUUUGCAAACAGUUAAUAUUACAUUAUUAUAACAAUUAAUGAAAUUGGUGCCCAUAUAAUAUAAUUCUACUAUGUUUUAAGUAUUUUUUAUUAUGUACUAUAUUACUAAAUAUUACUUAUGUACUAUAAUUCAAAUGUGAUUAACAUACAACUAAAAUAUUUUUAAAUAAAAUUAAAAAGUACAUAA